CAUCAGUCGCAGAGCAUUUCAUUCCGUGUGAUUUUUCGCUAAACAAUAUUUGUCGUCGAUCGAUCACUCCAAGUUGUCCUAAGUUACUAUUUAUCGCCUUUGCUAAAAGUUCAAAUUCGUGAUUUUCGCGUAUUCUGCUGAAGCUACUAAAAAGCCCGUUCGUUCUGCUUGAGAGCCAAAAGAAAAAAAAAUUUUUUUUUUCAAAAAAAAUAAAUUUCCGCAAAAAAUCAAAAUAAAAAAAUCGGGCAGUGAAUUUCGCGUAAAAGAAAAAAAAAGUACAUGUUUAAUUUAAUAAAACAGAGAAAAAUUAAAACUUUUUAAAUAAUACUCUUCAUUCACACUACCACACAACUACAACUAAAAAAUUACAAUUACAAACUCUUGUGCAACUAAUCGGAAAAAGUGAAAAAAAAGUGUACAAAAAAAAUAGUGAAAAAAAAAUUUAUCAAUUAAGUUCCGAAUACAAUGUCACAGUUUAACCAAAUAAAAAAAUAAUAACAUAAACAACACAUCAAUAGAGAAUAAUAAAAGAAUUGUAAAGGAAUUUCUAACAUGCAUGUCUAAUACCUACGGAGGAGUACCUGAGCAAACCUCAAUAAAUCAAGUUUUUGGCAAAAUAUAGUCCUCGCCGCCGCAGAAACAUAAAAAAGAAUGAAGCUCUGACAUGCAAUCACAAAAAAAUAUUUAAUAAAGUAAUAAAAAAAAAGUAAAUAAAAUUUAUUCGUCGUCGCUCGAGCGAGUAGUAGAGUGCAAAAGUACUGUUGAUCAAUUAAAAAAAAAAAAAAAAAAAAAAUAGUGAAAAAGUUAAAUGGCCUUAUGAUGUUCCUUCGUGGUAGUUUUUGUAGCGAAAUAGAAGUAAAAAGUCCGAGCUGUUAAUAUUUUUUCCAUUUUGGAAUAAAAUUAUUACGACAACUGCGGAUAUACAUCACACACACACACACACUCAAACAAAAAACGAACAAUGUGCUGAGGAAAGAGAGGAAGGAAUCGGAACUAUUUACACACAAUUUAUUUAUUAUUUUAUAACACAAAAUAUGAAAUACACCUUCCUAGCACACACCAUUGCAUUCGUGUUGCUGUCAACAAUUGUGACGUUCACACAUUGUUGUUCGAGCAGAAGAAUGCCACAACGGAGGCCGCCCUCAUCAUCGACCAUCAUUCGAACACACGACCCUCGAAUACUGAAUCAUCCACGGGGCGAAGAGGAUGUCUUAUCGUCGUCGAAAUCGGCACGCUUACCCAACAGCAGCAGCAAAACGACACCAUCUGUAACAUUUACGGAUAAACAACUUCCAUCUGUACACAAAAUUCUUCCGUCGUCGUCGUCGUCGUCGUCUUCGGCACGACCAUCGGUAGCACCUGGCGUCGCAUCUGUGACAACAUCAUCAUCAACAUCAUCUUCUUCAACGACAACAAGUACGAGUAGUACGAAUGACAACAUUAACAGUAGCAGACCGAGUGGUGCAAGUACCAUAACACUCAAUGACUCAAAUUGCACGAGCGCGUAUCGCAAGCACUACUGCCUCAACAACGGCAUUUGUUUUAACUACACGAUUCAGCAGAACUUUACGCUGCUAUCCUGUCUGUGCGCCGACGGAUUUUACGGCGAAAGAUGCGAAGACAAGUACCUCGAAGGUUCCUACAGUACGAAAAUGCGAUCCAACAAGCAUAUAAUGUUACAUGUUGCCAGCAUACAAUAUGGACUCGUUGCAUCGCUGGCUGUUGUGAUAGUUGUAUUUUAUGUAAAAAUUUAUGUUACUGCCAAAUGUAGAAAAUUGACAACAACAAAAAUUAUGAUGAAUACCUUUACUGCUGCUGCUACUACACCGAAUUUCAACAAAAACAACAACAACAAAUACAAAAGAUUAGACAGAAACAGAUGCUACUCAACCAAACAAUGAGAACAAAUAAAAGAAAUCAGGAAACUUCCGACCGACUACCGAUGAGAUGUUGAUUAUAAUGAUGAUGAUGAAAGCAAAGCAAACAAUAACGUCCUCUCCUUAAGGAUAAAAAAAAAUGUGUAUUAUACUAUUUAUAUAUAUAUAUUUGUUCUCCUACUCGUGCAACCGGACACCAAAUAUUUACCUCGUCAAUUUUGUGUUCGUAUAUAAUAUUUAUUAUUAUUUUUUUUUUCUCUUCUUUUCUGCUCUAUGUUCCCUCACAUCACAUCACUCCCCCUAAAAGCCACUAAACUCAAAAAAUUAUUUUUCCUUAUACAUUACUAAAACUAUUAUUUUUUGUAUUAUUAUUAUUAUUAAAAAAAAGUAUUAAAAAAAAAGUUACUCAAGUAUAUCAAACACAUUAAUAACAACAAAAAUCGCUAACAAUCACUAGACGAUACCAAAAAUAUUAUUUUUUGAUUCACUUUUUCGUACACACAUACAAAAAAAACACAAACAAUCACAUUUACUAUGAUUAUAUUAAACUAUUAUUAUUAAACAAUC